UGGAUGCCCAUCCCAAUAAAUGCUCAACUCAACCCUGACGUCUCAGCAAUGGGAAUCCAUCCCUGCUGGGAGUGAAGUCCACGACGCUUUUUCCACCCGGCCACCUUUAUCCAGAGCACUACGCGUGUGAGCGAGUUCGUGCGUACACUAGUGUGUGAGAGAGAAGCCGACUGUUGUUUACAGCAGAGAUUCCACGGGAGACCCACUAACACACACACGUACGUUCUCACUGUGGGAUUUUAGCAGCUGCAACGUGGACUUGUUUUCACCUCUCUCUCGACGACUAAAGAAAAAAGACGUCGGUAGCGGGAGAAGACGCGGUGUGUACCCACGCGUUCAGCCCCAAUCUGUUGUUGCGUGGCACAUUUUCCUCGAGCCCACCCUUAAACCUUCACUGGCACGACCACGACGGGCACCGAACGCCGGUGCUGCUCGCUUGCUUUGCUUCCUGGCGUCAAGUCAUCCACCACGCGGAUUUUUCAUUCAUUUUUUUUGACAAACAGUAUCACCACACAGCCGCCACCCUUCUUCAUUUUCUUCUUGGGUGUUUUUUUUUUUUUUGCUCCACGCGUCUACGAGAGAUUUUCACGCCUGGCUGCUGAUGAUGAGGAUGGUGGGGAUGUGGGUCGAAUUUAAGUGCUGAUAUAUUGUGAAUCGAACCCAAUUCUUAGGCCUUGUUGUUCUUGGAAGAAGACAUGGAAACUGAAGACGGGGAUUACCAUCAUCAUGUUGCUGCUCUCAUAGCAGUCAGUGCACCUUGGAGGAAAUAAUACUAGAUAUUUUUUUUCACAGUAUCAUUUUUUUAUAUUUAAAUUUAUUAUUUUAUUAUUUAUUAUUUUAAAAUCCAAGUGGCCGAGGAGCCAACCCAGACAUUUGGACUACAAUUGUUUCGCCUCAAUCGUUCCGGAUACCAACAUCCUCUUGGAUUUAUUGUUAUUAUUGUGAUUUUUUUUUCUUCAAAUGAAAUAAGGAAGAUGAAACCUGACAAACUACUAAUGGGCAACAGCACUGUCUUGCUUUGGGCUGCGUUGACGACCCUUUCCUCCAUAUGCAUACGGGCUUCAUAUGGUGAGAUCUGCGGUCCCAGCAUCGACAUCCGGAACGACGUCAGCGAGUUCAAGCGCUUGGAGAACUGCACUGUGGUGGAGGGUUACCUGCAGAUCCUCCUCAUCAAGACCAACAACAGCAAGACCAAGAACCAGGAGGUGUUCCGCUCGCUCAGUUUCCCCAAGCUGACCGUCAUCACCGACUACCUACUGCUUUUCCGCGUACCGGGCUUGGACAGCCUCAGCACGCUGUUCCCCAACCUAAGUGUCAUCCGCGGACGCAACCUGUUCUACAACUAUGCCCUCGUGAUCUACGAGAUGACCAGCCUGAAGGACAUCGGCUUGUACAACCUGAGGAACGUCACCCGCGGGGCCAUCCGGAUCGAGAAGAACCCCGAGCUGUGCUACUUGGACUCGGUGGACUGGUCUCUCAUCAUGGACGCCGAGUUCAACAACAUCGUGAGUGGGAAUAAGAAGGCCAAGGAGUGCGAUAACGUUUGCCCCGGCAUCAUGGAGGACAACCCCCUGUGUCAGCAGACCAGUUUCAAUAACAAACAGGAGUAUCGAUGCUGGACCUCCAACAGAUGUCAGAAAGUAUGUCCCAGCCACUGCAAGCAGGCAUGCACCGACAAGGGCGAGUGUUGCCACAGCCAGUGCCUGGGCAGCUGCACCGAAGCCAACAGUGACACCGCGUGCUCCGCCUGCCUCCACUACUACCACGAAGGCCGCUGCGUUCCCGACUGCCCGCCUGACACGUACAAGUUUGAGGGCUGGCGCUGCAUUACCAUGGACCUUUGCUCCCAAGUGCACCUGCCCAGCGAUGUUCACUUUGUCAUCCACGAGGGCGAAUGCAUGCCUGACUGCCCCUCUGGCUUUGCACGCAAUGACAGCAACCGGAUGAUGUGCAGCGCCUGUAACGGCUUAUGCGAUAAGGUCUGCUCAACCUCCAUCAUCGACUCUGUGAACGCCGCUCAGUCCCUGAAGGACUGCACCGUCAUCGCCGGAAAUCUGGACAUCAACAUCCGCCAAGGAAAUAACAUAGCGUCUGAGCUGGAGAGCUUCAUGGGCCUGAUCCAAACGGUGACGGGCUACGUGAGGAUUCGUCACUCCCACACACUUGGAUCCCUGUCCUUCCUCAAGAGUCUGCGUUUCAUCAACGGGGAGGAGCUCAUGGACAAGUUGUAUUCCUUCUCUGCCAUCAACAACCAGCACCUUCACAACCUGUGGGACUGGACCCAGCACAAUCUGACCAUCCGGGCGGGACGUCUCUUCUUCCGCCUAAAUCCUAAACUCUGCAUGUCCGAGAUCCACGCAAUGUGGGAGAAGACCGGCGUCCGGGACAAGCCGGAGGAGGGCGACUUCCGCAACAACGGCGAAAGAGCCAGCUGUGAAAGUCACAUCCUCAAGAUCUUGUCCAACAGCACGUCCAGCUACACCAUCCGUCUGACAUGGGAGCGCUACCAGCCGCGGGAUUACAAAGGCCUUAUCAGCUUCAUGGUCUACUACAAGGAGGCCCCUUCUCAGAACAUCACCGAGUUCGACGGACAGGAUGGUUGCGGCUCCAACAGCUGGCACACGGUGGACGUCGAUCUUCCUCGGGACAAUAAUACUGACCCGAAAGUCGGUAUUCACCACCUCAAACCCUGGACCCAGUAUGCCGUUUUCGUCAAGGCCAUUACCCUACGGGUGGAGGACAAACACAUUCCAGGCGCGAAGAGUGACAUCAUAUACAUUCGCACGCGCCCAUCGCUGCCAACAGUGCCCAAAGACCCCCGUGCCUACGCCAACUCCUCCACCAAGCUGCUGGUCAAGUGGUCGCCGCCGCUCUUCCCCAACGGCAACCUGACCUACUACCUGGUGCGCUGGCAGCAGCAGCCAGAAGACCGGGAGCUCUACCUGCACAACUACUGCUCCAAAGAUCUGAAGAUCCCAAUCCGGAUCCCGGCGAUGGGAUUUGCCGAUAUGGAGGAGAUCACCAAGCCCACCAAGUCGGACCUGUCUGGGCCCAAGAAGGGUCCAUGCUGCGUUUGUCCCAAAACCCCAGAGGAGAAGGACCGGGAGAAGGAUGAUCGCGUCUUUUUAAAGCUCUUUGAGAACUUUCUUCACAAUGCCAUCUUUCUGCAGAGACCUCAAGAGCGACGUCGUCGGGACCUUUUCGGCCUGGCAAAUGGCACCGCGACGCAUGACGGCCAAGGCAGGGGCAAUGGCACACUCGGCCUGAACAACACACAAGGGAUCCCUCCGAUAAUGGAGUAUCCCUUCUCUGAGGACAAGAGCACCUCAGAGGCUUUAGAGAUCUUCAACUUGAGGCCCUUCACCGUUUACCAUAUCGACAUCCACGCCUGCAAUGAGGAGGUCGGCCACUGUAGCGUUGGCGCCUUCGUCUUUGCCAGGACCAAGCCUGCAGACAAAGCCGAUGACAUUCCUGGCAAAGUGCUCUUCGAGAGGAACGACAAGAUGGAAGGUUGUGUGUUGCUCCAUUGGCCCGAGCCCGUCAUGCCCAACGGCCUCAUCCUGAUGUACGAGAUCAAGUACCGUUUGGGUGCCGAGCCCGAGAAGCACGAGUGUGUAUCUCGCGAGCAGUACCGCAAGCACCGUGGAGCUCGCCUCAGCAACCUGGGCUCAGGAAACUACUCGGCAUGCGUACGUGCCACGUCUCUGGCGGGCAACGGCUCCUGGACGGAAAGCGUUUCCUUCUACGUGCCUCCGCCCAAACGAGGCAAUGGUGUGGCGCUGUAUCUGAUCAUCAUCAUUCCCAUCAUUGUGAUUCUCUUCAUCGCCGGACUCACCACCAUCCUCUUCUUUGUUAACAAAAAGAGGAAUAGCGAUCGACUGGGGAACGGAGUCCUUUACGCUUCAGUCAAUCCGGAGUACUUCAGUGCCGCAGAGAUGUACGUCCCGGACGAGUGGGAGGUGGCGAGAGAGAAGAUCACCAUGCACCGGGAGCUGGGCCAGGGCUCCUUUGGCAUGGUGUACGAGGGCAUCGCCAAGGGAGUGGUGAAGGACGAGCCCGAGACGCGAGUGGCCAUCAAGACUGUCAACGAGUCAGCCAGCAUGAGGGAGCGCAUCGAGUUUUUGAACGAAGCGUCUGUGAUGAAGGAGUUCAACUGCCACCAUGUGGUGAGGCUUCUGGGCGUGGUCUCCCAGGGACAGCCCACCUUGGUGAUUAUGGAGCUGAUGACCAGCGGUGAUCUCAAAAGCCACCUGCGUUCUCUUCGCAAAGAAAACACCAACGUCCAGGUCUUGCCCCCGCUCAAGAAGAUGAUCCAGAUGGCAGGGGAGAUCGCCGACGGCAUGGCAUAUUUAAACGCCAACAAAUUUGUCCACAGAGACCUAGCGGCCAGAAACUGUAUGGUGGCUGAAGACUUUACGGUGAAGAUUGGAGAUUUCGGAAUGACCAGGGAUAUUUACGAGACGGAUUACUACCGAAAAGGAGGAAAGGGCUUGCUGCCCGUCCGCUGGAUGUCGCCCGAGUCGCUGAAAGACGGCGUGUUUACGACCAUGUCAGAUGUCUGGUCGUUUGGUGUGGUGCUGUGGGAGAUUGCCACCUUGGCCGAGCAGCCUUACCAGGGCAUGUCCAACGAGCAAGUGCUGCGCUUCGUCAUGGAGGGAGGACUCCUGGACAAGCCUGACAACUGUCCUGACAUGCUGUUUGAGCUGAUGCGGAUGUGCUGGCAGUACAACCCCAAAAUGCGUCCGUCCUUCCUGGAGAUCAUCAGCAGCAUCAAGGAACAGCUGGAGCCGCCCUUCCGAGAAGUGAGCUUCUUCUACAGCGAGGAGAACAAGCCGCCCGACACCGAGGAACUGGACAUGCAGGUGGAGAACAUGGAGAACAUUCCGCUGGACCCCGCCAUGACCAUCCAGCCCCCGGUCGCCGCCCCGUCGGCGGGGUGCACCGCGGGCGCAUCGCCGCCCUCCUCGGCCCAGCAGCCGCCCUGCCCUGCCCCGGAGCCCGGUGGCCCUUUCCUGAGACCCGGCUCACCCGCCGCGGGGCCCUCGGACAGCAAGCAUGCGGGACUGGCGGCCGCCAACGGGCCCGUGGUGCUGCUCAGGCCCAACUUUGACGAGCUGCAGCCCUACGCGCACAUGAACGGCGGCAGGAAGAACGAACGGGUGCUACCGCUGCCCCAAUCGUCGGCUUGCUAAUAUUGACCCCCCCUGCCCCCCGCGCCCCCAAGUCCUCGUACACAGGGUAACCCAAAUCUCUCUUGCGUCUCUGUGAAGUGACUCCUUCGAUAGGAGAGAGAGAGAGAUUCGGCGUCUUUGUUUCGUCACUCCUUCGAGAAGGAAAUCACGAGACUUAAAAAGAUGAAAUAACUUUUUUUUAAAUCUGCCAGUAAAAGUUAACAGAAAAGCACUUUUUCUUGAGAGAGGAUGUUGUGGCGUGUGUAUUUAUAUACCAUUUCUCUCUAUAAUAAUUUUAUUUUAUUUUUAUUUUGGUAUCUUUUCACAUCAGUGAAGUUUUGUUUGGCAUUUCCGACAAGAAAAAUUGUGUGACUGGGAGAAAGUGUGUUGUGUCUUUAAAUGAAAAUAACAACACUAAGUUGCCAAAUGGAGACUGCGCUUCAGAGUAGAAUUCACGUUGCAUUACGUUUAUCAACUAAAAAUAUAACAAAGUAAAAGCCAAGUUUUUAACCAAGGGAAAAAAUAUUUUCACACAUCACUGAAUUAAUUGUUACUUUAAUAAUUGAUUAUCUGUUGAUUAUUUUGUCAAUUAAUCAAUUAAAUAGAUUUUUAAAUGCCAUUUUAAUCUUCUUCAAAAACAAUGUUCAAAUGUUUUAUUAUUAUUAUUAUUAUAAAAUGUUUCAAAUAAUUAAAUCCAUUCUAAAUUUAAUUCAGUUGCGAUUUUAAAAUGACAAUUAAAUUUUUUGCACGUAAUAUUCUGAAGCGCAGCCCCGGCCAGACUCAUCCCAAGCACCACUUGAGCAUCAUUUAGGGGACACUGUCAGACCGAUUAAUCGUUUCUUUGUCUUUUUAUCACUUUUCGCGGGGUGGGAGAAUCUCUGAAUGUUCUGAACUCCUGUUCUGCAGCCGAGUAACGUUGCCUUCUUCAGACAGCAAACUCAUUGCGCGGGUGACCAAACCGCACCACAGCAAUCAAUGCCGAACCCUUAUGAAUGAACAGACCCUCCGCUUGUUGGUCAUUUCCCAGCAUGCACUUGACGCAGCAGACAGGAAGCAGGAAGUGCAUGUGACGAUCGCACGGUGGACUUUCACCAUUAACUGGACAGAUUUUAAGUAGGUCUACACACACACUUCAUUGGUUUGUCAACUUUUUUACAUUUCGAAAGUGCAUUUGCUUCAGACUGUGUGUGUGUGUGUGUGUGUUUGUGUGUGUGUGUGUAUUCAUGACAAAGCUGCUAUUUAUUCUCUUUUCUCUGAUCCUUCAGGUUUGCUUUUCUCUCCACUACUUUCUUAUCCACAAAAAUCUGUUAAUAUAUAAAAUAUAUGGUAAAAUGACAAAAAAAAGAUUUUGGUAAUGAAAUGUGUUCUUUUAGAGAUUUUUGUCAGUGUUUGUUUUGUUGGAUGACUGUCUUAUUUUAUUAUCCUUAUUAUUAUUGUUAUUUUUAUUAUUAUUUGGAAUGGACACCAUAGCUCCGUGUGUGAGCUUUCUUCUGCACCCCCCUUUUUUUUGGGGUGCAGUUUUUGUGGUCUAGCACUGCGCCUCAGGGUGCAACUCAAUCUCAGGUCAAACUUUAAAAAAAUACUUUUCUCCUUUUCUCCACACAUUCGUUUGUUGUCAAAAUUCCUCCUCUCCCAUCAUCUUGCAUUCUGCCGGUGCCUCCGUUUUUUUGUUUGUUUUGGGGGUUUUGGGGUUUUUUGUUGAUAAGCCACAUAAACCAAAUGUUUGUUUUUAAAACCCAGUUGAAGCAAUUGUAGGGCUAAGUGGGUCUUGUCAUUUGCCUUAAUCAUGUUUAUCACUUUUUUUCUGUUUUUAGUCACCGCAACAAACACUCCCGCCACCCUGUACAAAAGUUAUUACUUCUUCUCAAACCAAAUAAAGAAUGGAUUGAAGAGCAGAAACGAUUUAAUGAUUAAAAUGUCUUAAAAUGGAUGUUAUAUGUAAUCUUGAAGGAUUUUUUUCCUGAUUUUUAUUUUAUUUUGGGAAAUGUUACCCUUUCUAAUUUUCUUCUUUAGAUGUGAUAUUUAUUUAUUUCUUCAAUAAUACCAGUUUAAAUCACUGUAUAAAUGCCCCCAUGAUUCAGUAUAAAGAUGACCUUUUUUGUAUUCU